AUGCCAGAAUUCAUCAACCCGAAGUACGCAGACGCGACGCGGACGAGCUUCAAGAGUCCGACGCGCUUGGAGUGUAUGAUGCAAGAUUAUGCUAAGCUCCUCCCGACCGAAGCCAAAGUUGGUUUCACCCGAUACCCACUGGAGUUCGGCUACUUUCCUUGCAAGAAUGAUAUCGUCACAGCUGCACGGCUGGCAGCAGAAGGCACUCCGCCGCAUGGAGCUGCUUCAGCUGAAGCUGCUGUCUACCACGCAAACUGCGAACUGCUGCGGAUCCUAGGUGCAAACGUGGCAGCUCCUUCCGAGCGGCGUUGGCGGGGCGGCCCCCAGCUAAUGGGCCCAGCAGUGGUCCUGUGGCCGGACUUCGCGCCCUCGCUCGCCGAACUGUGCAAAAAGUUGCCCUGUCCAGAAAAGAUUUCCAUCGCGUCUGGUAGCAGUCUGGAGCUUCGCGGGUCUGGUUUGGCCAUCGAGCAUCUGAACCUGGAGGGCGCCCUCCGGGUUGUGGCUGGACCGGGUGUGACACUUUGCAUUCGUGAACUGACCAUCCGAAAUCGCGGAAGAGAGUUCGUUGCCCUCAGCGAUGCUGAACAGGACGGAGAAGCACCGGAAGAGCUCCGCAUUCGCGGCUACCGCUGUUGA